CUUCCUCUUUCUCAUAUUUCUCUCUCUCUCUCUCCAUUUCUUUCUGUGAAGAACAAUGGAGAACAGCCCUCAGCAAGCAGCGGCGGCGGCCGCAGCGGCAGCUCAGAGCGCCGGCGGACCCNACCACCAUCUCCUCCAGCAACAGCAGCAGCAGCUGCAAAUGUUCUGGACGUACCAGCGGCAGGAGAUCGAGCAGGUGAACGACUUCAAGAACCACCAGCUGCCUCUGGCGCGCAUCAAGAAGAUCAUGAAGGCGGACGAGGACGUGCGUAUGAUCUCGGCCGAGGCGCCCAUCCUGUUCGCCAAGGCGUGCGAGCUCUUCAUCCUGGAGCUCACAAUCCGGUCCUGGCUCCACGCCGAGGAGAACAAGCGCCGAACCCUACAGAAGAACGACAUCGCCGCGGCCAUCACGCGCACUGACAUCUUCGAUUUCCUCGUCGACAUUGUGCCGCGCGACGAGAUCAAGGACGAGACGGCUGCGCUCGUAGGUCCCGCGGCGGCGGCGGCCGCCGGAAUGGUGGCCGGCUCCACCGCUAGCGGCGUCCCGUACUACUACCCGCCAAUGGGCCAGCCUACGCCCCCAGGUGUCAUGAUUGGAAGGCCCGCCGUGCCUGGUGUGGAUCCGUCCAUGUACGUCCAGCCUCCGCCACCGCCGUCGCAGGCAUGGCAGUCCGUUUGGCAGCCGCAGGAGGACAAUUCCUACGCCAGUGGAGGCAGCAGUGGCCAGGGAAACCUCGACGGCCAAGGCUGAGGGGGUCGUUUUCAGAUGGUGGAUGAUUGGUGGCACAAGGAAGCUGCCCUGCCCUGUCUCUCUAAUUCAAGUUGGAGUUUCUCUUCUAAAUUGCAAAAAUUAAUGCACCUUAUAACUAGUGUCUGUGGAUACUGUGUUAACCAUGGUAUUAGAUAUAUGUAUAAAAACUGGAUUUUGAUUAGUAACUCUCUCUUUGUUUUUCUUGAAAUAAUCCUUCUGGGGAUUGGAUUCUGUAACAUGCUUUAGUUUCAUCAUCUUGUGUUCCUCUC